CUGGGCAGGGCCCAUUCGGCGCUGGGGAAUCCCUCGGGAGCGUCUUCCCUUCUCACGUCAUAUUUCUCCCCGCUUAGUGCUUGGGUCCGGGAAGAAUGAGGAGACACGGCCUAUUUCUGCAGGGAUAGGCGCAGGUUGACCGAAGUCCCUCGGGCUAACUCGUCGCUGAAGGAAAAAAUUACGCGGCUCCCCCCCCCCCGUCACUGUCAGAGAUGGACUCGCCCAAGGAAGACACUAAUAGUCCUGGCUGGGUGUAUAAAUCCGGAGGGGCUCUUUAAAGCCCCGGCGAGCACCGCGCAGGAGGGCGAGCUGCUGCCGCCGGGCCGCGGUGCUUCAUAAAAUAACUUCUAAAGGAAGCCUUCAGAAAUAAAAAGCGUGUUUGUGUUCUCUAAAACUAAUCUGAUCUUGCAACCUGGAUCUGUUCUAAGUGAAUGAUCAGGUCUGGUUAUGAGACUGAAGCAGUAGACCCAUCCUGAAGUGCUCAUACUAGGCAAGUGAUUUACGAGACCUUUUGGGCCAGUACACUGCUAACAACGUUAGUCAGUCCUUUCAAUGGACCACGUGCAACAUUAACCUUUUGGAGGUCUUUGUUUACUGUAACAGCUAGAGUGAAUCAGAAUGCCUCUCAAUGAUGACCAGAACAGUGAUUCAGAUUCUUCACGCCUCUCUGAAAGCACAGCUUCUUCUAGCGACUCUGAAUAUUCAAGACAGAGCUUUAACAGCGAUUCUUCAAGCAAGCCCAGUUCCCCAGCGUCAGCAAGCCCUCCCAAGAUUAUUACAUUUGAUGAACUGAUGGCAGCUGCAAAAAAUUUGACAGACUUGACUCUAGCUCAUGAAAUCGCUGUAAAUGCAAACUUUUGCAUAAAACACGAAGACUUCCCACAGAACAGCUUUGCAGGCACAGUGAAAAGAAUUGUACACAAGGCAUUUUGGGAUCACUUGGAAUCCGAACUGAAUGAAGAUCCUCCAGAAUAUGAACAUGCUAUCAAGCUCUUUGAGGAAAUUAAGGAGAUUCUUCUUUCCUUCCUGACUCCUGGAGCAAACAGGAUUCAAAAUCAAAUUUGUGAAGUCCUAGAUACAGAUCUUAUAAGACAGCAGGCAGAACAUAAUGCUGUUGAUAUUCAUGGGCUAGCUAACUAUAUCAUCAACACUAUGGGAAAGUUAUGUGCUCCAAUAAGAGACAACGAUAUAAAACAGUUAAAAGCAACUGACAAUAUCGUAGAAUUACUGAGACAAAUAUUCCAUGUUUUGGACCUGAUGAAAGUGGAUAUGGCUAAUUACACAAUUCAAAACCUUAGGCCAUACCUUCAGCGUAAUUUGGUGGACUACGAAAGAACAAAAUUCCAGGAAAUUCUUGAAGAAACACCCAGUGCCCUGGAUCUCACAACAGAAUGGAUAAAGGAAUCAAUAGAAGAUGAAUUGUCAUCUGUUGCUGAUGAAUCUUCAUCAUCCCCUGGUGCUGAUAGUAGUUCUAAACCAAUUAUUAGUCCUACACUGGUGCUAAACAAUGGCUACUUGAAACUGUUACAAUGGGAUUAUCGCAAAACAAUUCCAGAGACUCUAAUAACAGAUGAAGUUCGUCUUCAUGAGUUGAGAGAAAAGCUCAAUCAAUUAAAAAUCAUAGCUUGUGUUUGUCUCAUAACAAACAAUAUGGUGGGUGCAGCAAUUGUAGAUGUGCCCGAUUUUGCUGACCAACUGAAAAGGAUCUCUGUUCCUCUUCUUGAUGGCAUGAACAAGAAGACUUUUGAUUUGAAAGAGGCUCUGCAUGCUAUUGGAGUCCAGAUUUGCAGCAAAGUGAACAGAUCUCUAAGUGAAAGGGGUCUUCACACUCUUAAUGAAGAAAUGCAGAGUAAUUUAAUGGGUCAAAUAGCUCAUAUUGCUGAGGAGAAUAAUCCUGUCAGUUCUUUGAUAGAUAAACGAAUCCAGUUCUUCAUGAGAAGCUUGCUUGCUCUUCCGAAUUUUCAGAAGUGUAUGCCUUCUAUGCCAGGAGGCCUUUCUGUGAUUCAGACAGAGAUGGAGUUUGUUGGAUCUCAGUAUGCAAGCAUUGUAAACUUUAAUAAACAAGUGUAUGGACCAUUCUAUGCAAACAUACUUAGAAAACUACUUUUUCCUGAGGCACCGAUGGGAAAAGCAGAAACAGAAACACCUACCAAUUAAAAAGCUAUGACCUAUUUCUGUCCCCCUUUUUUUACCUUCCAAGACAGUGAUCUGACUUCUCCACUAAGAACAGCCCACUCCAGUGACUAUUAACGAGAGAGAUCUUGUAGAGUGUAUGCAGAUAGCUUCUGAAAUUCACUGGAAAGAUAUUAAUUCAAGGACUUAAAUAUUUUAAUAGACUAAAUUUGUUUAAUGCGUCGUGUCACUUGUAAUAGCCAGUGAAUUAUUAGUUUUCAAAGCAAGCAUUUAUUAUGAUUUGCAGUGGGAAAGAGCUGGCAAAGUACUUACUGUCUUGCCAUCAUUAAAACAUGUUAUUUUUCAACUUAAAUAUAUUUACGUAUAGCAAUGCAAUUAUGAAAUGACAAAAAAUUGUAGAUAAAAUGUACUAUGCUUACAUAGUAUUUUUGUAGAGCAACAUCUAAUAAAACACAUUUCUGAAAAGACUUUGAAGCAAAAAAAGUAUAACAUAACUGCUUUUGUAACCAAAACCAAGUUCAUCCUGGUUUUGGAUUACAUUAUUAUUACAUUAAGGAAUGCCAGUAUUAUAUACUGUUUGUGGAGUAUAGCAGUUACAGAAGAAGCAUUCACCACUUAAAGUAGGAAUCAUUCAGAACUUCUCAACAGUAAUUGAGAUUAAUGAUAAACACCUAAGAAACAUGAGGGUCGGCGGGGCGGGAGGGGAGAGUAAACUUCUGUAUAUAAUGUUUAUAAUCAUUUUGUUUAUCUAGUGGAGGUCGUACAUUAGAUCUUCAAUCUCCAAUAUGUGUAUGUACUGAUCUUUGAUCUUAAUGGGUAGUAAGUAUUUUUAAGCUGGGUCUUUCUGACCUUUAUUCCCAAAAGCACUUGAGAGUGACCUUACAGAGUACAACAGAGCAACACCCCCCCCUUUAUAUUCUGUUGGAUGAGGGCAUAAGCUUUUCACAACACAUUAUUGGUUGUGGAAGCAAGAACCCAAAUGAUUAGUCAUUCUUGAAAAUGUGAUUAGAUUAAUUUUCACCAAGUCUGUGAGAAAUACUGCAGUUUCCUUCAAAUUCCUUCAGAAUAGGCCCAGAUACUUAGUUCCCAUUUAAGACAUCAGGACUCUUGCAUACAGAAAAUGAAUAGGCUUGAAAUUGAGAAAUGUGGAAGUAAACUAAGUUUACCCAGGCUUUAUUUUGCAUAUUUCUGAUUACUGGGAAUAGAUACUGCUGGAAUACUUACUGACAUGUUCUUGUUUAUGAAAUUGAAUCGUCAUUUACUUGAAAAUGAUUUUUAAUAUAUUACCAUAUAAUGGUCCUUUUAAAAUGUCAUAUAUAUAUAAAAAAAUCCAUGUGGUACAAGUUAUAUAGCUUGUUUUUAAUAUUUUAUACUACAGUCUAUUUUUUAUGAAGAGAGAAAAACUUGCCCGUAAAAGCUUAAUGUGUCACACAAACUGUGUAUGUACAUUACUAUGUCUAUCAUAAAGGUCUAAAAAACUGGGCAUUAUUAGCGUACUCUGGUUUUGUAGUCCAUUUUUACAGAACUGUGUACUCUUUUUAGUAAGGGAAAUUAUUUCUAGUCAGUUGUUCCUCUGUGUCCAAGUACUUUGGUUACAUGUACAUGAUAAGAAACUUUCUUCAACAUGCCUUUUUAGAAAACAAAUUUCUUUAGCGCACAUCUGCUCUAUCCCUUGUAAAAGCAUUGCACAAAAUAAAGAUGAAUACAUAUUUUAAAGGGAACUGUUUCCUGAAGCCUGGAAAAACUGAGAGAGGAAAUGUUGGAAUACAGUAAUCGUGCCACUAGGUAAAACAGGCUUGCUCAGUUGAAUAUGAAAUUUUGAUAUGCAACUCAAAAUCAUGAAGAAUGCUUUUCAAAAGCAAUUAUGGGGAAAUAAAUCUUGGUGAUUUGCUACACCUUUAGCAAUACCUAAACUAUUUUGAGCUUCAGCCAAAAGAGGAUUUUAUGAACAUUUGAAGAUGACUAAUAACAUGAUUUUGAACUUUUUAGCAUAAUAUGCAUUCUAUUUUAAAAAUAAAUAGGAAACUAUAGAUCUUUAAUGUGCUGGGGAAACUGUCAUACUAGUUUUUACCGGUAAAUACUCAAAAAAUUAGGAUUCAUUGGGGUUUUUUGGUGAUUAAGGUGACUUGCAAAGGGCAUUUUAUAGCACGGCCUAUGUUUCAAAUGAUUGUUUAAUGUAUCUUCAUUUUUAUUUAAUGUUUCAAACAUGGACACUGCAUCUGUUUAAUGUCAUGUGUUGCAUGCUGUUUAUGCUACUGUGGCUGAAAAGUACUUGCCUGUACUCUGAAGUUGUCCUUGUGAAACAAGAUGCCAUUCUGUAGCAGCUUUCUUUGUUGAAAUACAAGUAUUUAAGGCUUUGUAUGAAUUAAAUUUUGUUUGUGAUACUGCCUGUGGUGAAAAGUCAUUUAUGCAAACUUUCUUAAAUAUAAUGGAUUGUUAAAUGCUGAAGAUAAAUGACUGCACUAAUAA